CCAACCUCAGCCUAGAACAAAACAGCAUGUCUUACUGUUGGGUCUGAGGCAUUCUUUGUGGAUUCUUCGUUUGUCUUCAUCUUUUUUGUUUUUAAAGGGAAUUCGGCCCCAACAUGGACUACAUUCACACACCUGCGCAGACCCACGAGAGCUCGUUCAUGACCAAUGCUGGAGGGAGACUCGAAGAUGUAUCGCCUGAGAAAUCCUUCCACGUCCCUAGUCAGGGCGCCGACCUGAUCUCACAGAUGCGAAGCGCAAAACUACACUCGGGCGCCAGCCUGAAAACGCCCCGAGCCGGCACGCGAGAUCCUCUUCGACUCCUCCCGAAUGGCAACCAAGGUCGCUCGGAGUUUACACCCUUCUUGAAGAGUGGCACCAAGGAAAACAUUGCUCGGCGGCUGUCCGGGAGGAAACAGGCCACGGCGAACACGCCUUCGUACCUCAACGGCCGGACGCCUGCGCUCCCACGAUUGAGCGAUCUGUCACGUCUGGAAGGCGAGUACACCUCGAGCUCGGCCGGACGUGCAGUCGACGACACCCCCAUACCUCACCAUCCUAGCAGCAGUGUCAGGAGUACUCCCCUUGCGCAGCUACCCAGUCGCGAUGCCGGUGGGCUUGUCAACGACGGGAACAUGAUGACCCUGCGAGAACAAGAAGGGAUCAUAGACAAAAUCGAGAAGGAAAAUUUCGGCCUAAAGAUGAAGAUCCAUUUCUUGGAAGAGGCUCUGUCGAAGCGCGGCAACGAAUUCAACCAAGCGGCAUUGAAGGAGAACACGGAUCUUAAAGUCAAUCGAAUCACCAUGCAACGCGAACUGCACAAGUUCAAGAGAAACAUAGCACAGGCGGAGAAAGAUGCGGAAGUCUACCGAUUACAGCUAGAAGAGUUCAAGGAGCGCAUCAGACGAAAACAGAUUGACGAAAGUGUCCGUCAUGAGCUUGAAAGCCUUCGUUCGGAGUUGAGAGCGAAAGACAAGGAGAUCAAGACUCUGAGCGACGACAGGGAUCAUGCUGCAAGUCAAGAUCGCGCUGAAGUCCAGAAGUUGAGAGAUGAGGUCGAGGAUUUGCAGGCAGAGCUCCGUGAGAAGGAGCGCAUAGCCGACGAGCGUGAGGAUCAGAUCGACGAGUUGAAGAUGAAGGCCAACAAAGAAUCAAACAGUGCUGCGGACAUCGAGGACGAUUUGGAAUCUGCGAAGCAGGAAAUUGAGGACCUGAAGCAAAGCCUCGAGCGCGCUAAAGAAGACCUGAACGAAGCGAAAGAGGACAAGGAGGAGGCCCUCGAAGAGAAACGAAAGGCAGAAGAGGACCUGGACGAGUUACGCGACGAGAUGGCCAACAAGUCGUUCACAACAAAGGGUUUAAGCCGGCAACUUGAGGAGAAGGCAAGUAAGCUUGAAGACGAUUUCCAGACUCUGCAAGAGCAAUACGACGCGCUACAGACAGAAGUGAAUGAGAAAACAGAAUCCGAGCGACAACUACGUGACCGCGUUCGUGAACUAGAGCGAGAAGGUGCAACCGACGUACGAAAACUUCAGCAAGAGGUCGAGCUCUCACAUCAACAACGUGACACUUUGGAGCGAAAACUGGCAAACAUGACCAAACAGCUUGAGACUGCGGAGAGAGAAUUCCAAGUCAAGGCCGAAGAAAAGGACUUGCUUCAGACGCGACAUGAUGCGCUGACGAAGGAAUCGGCUGAGUUGCAAAAAGACCUCAAUCAAUUGCAGGGCGUGAAUGCCGAGCUGGAGAAUGCGCUCGAGGAAGAACGACAAGUCUCAGCGAGGAAUGAAAAUGAUCUACGAUCCCGACACAAGCAUGAAAUCGACCUUCUCAAUGAACAAAUUGACAGCCUCCAUCGCGAACUGAAUGCCAAAGCAAGUGAUCAUGAUGCGGACUUGGAAGACUGGGACUCGCAGCGCAAGACGCUGGAAGCGGCUUCGCAGAAGGCCGAAGAGAGGGCUAGAGGAUUGCAGCGUACCGUUGAUAAGUUGCAGGAUGCCCAGGGGACUUUGUCGGGACGGGAAAUGAGGCUCCAAGAGGCCAUUGAGAGUGAAAAGGAACGCCAUCGACAAGAAGAGAGAAUCCUAUCCAAACAGAUUGAAGAACUUCAACAAGAUCUACAGUCCAAGCGAACCCUUGCAGACGACAGUCGCACGGAAUUGAACAACGCCAAGGAGGAAUUGCGCAUUUCAAUCCGAGAACAAGCAUCCUUGAAAGAGAAAGUCUCGGAAUUGGAGGAGGAGAUUGAAGUUCUGCAGGCAGACAUCGAACAAGAGCAUGAGUUUGCAGAAAGACAACAACAGAAAUACUCUACCAGUGCGGAUGCUCAGGUCCAAAAGCUGCGACAAGAGAAGCAAGCGUUGCAAGCACAGCUGACGAACGCCAACGUGGAACUACGCAGUGCGAGAUCCGCUCUCCAAUCUGCAGAGCAGGAGCGGGACAAACUCCAUCGCGUGCAGAAGCCUCACGAUGACACUUUCAAUGUCGACCACGAGAAGCGCGAACUGAAGCGCCUCAAAGUCAAGCUGGAGAGCGACGUGGCGAGACUGACUGCUGAGCGGGACAACCUUGCUGAGGCAAACAACGCGCUUGAAGACGAGAUCAACGCAGAACUUGAAAGAGCCAGUAAAGAGGAGGCCCGUCUCCACGCGGAACUCGACAGUCUUCGCUCGCAGAAAUCGAGUACUGGAGAAACCCGAGAUCGAGAACCCGGCAAUUCAAAGGCCAAGAUCACUCGACUGGAAGCACGCGUCAAAGACCUCGAGUCACUGUUAGACAAUCAGUCUAAAGUUGUGGCCUCGCCGAACGCGGACCUGUCGGGACUUGAACGCGACCUGGCAGACGCAAGAAAGAACGAGACGACCAUCGCGAAGCGGGAGGUCGAACUCAAGUCAGCCAACAGGGAGUUGAAGAUACGGAUCAACGACCUUGAGAGAGAACUGCACGAGGCGAGGCUCGCCCAGUACAAGGCAAAGUCGCCGUCCCCUUCACCUCCGCCAUCGCGCUCGAACGAGAUGGCCAAGAUUCGACAAGACCUUAUCGAUGCCCAGUCGGAGGUCGAGGUUCUUUCUUCGGAGAAUCGUGAGCUCAAACGUACGACCCGCCGAGGUGCCACGGAUAUUGCGGGCGAUGCCUCUUUGAGAACUCGCGCUGCAGAUGUCGAUGCACUGGAGAUGAAGAUCGCCCAGCAGAAUGAUCUCAUCGACGACCUCCGAGAUCAACUCGUCCGUCUACGCGAGGAUGAUCACGAUGACGGCCAUGAUGCAGUCCCGGCCGGUGCCAGUAAACGUGACCGACAGAUUGAAGAGCUCAAAGCGCAGGUCAAGCGGCUACGCGAGGAACAAGAAUUUGUCAAUGACUUGUCGAUGCGCCUCUCGGUGCGGACCGGCGAGGCGCGCGAAAUGAAGCAACAACUCCGUCGGCUCCGAGAGGAACGCAGCCGAGCCAACCAAAAGGCCGAGACGGUCGAGAAUGAGCUCGAGGUGCUGCAGAACAAGUACGAGAGUAUGCUUGAAAGACUCAGCUCGGGUAAAUCCAGCAAGGACGAAGUGCGACAGAAAGAAAUAAAAGGCUUGAUCAAGGAGAUUAUGUGGUUGAAAGCAAAGUGCAGGAGGGAGGAAAGGUUGAGAAAGGAUCUGGCUUGGAGCAAAGCAUUCCUUGAACAAGGUGAAGCCAUGAGAGUGCAAUGUAACCAAGUCGAUCUACGUAUCCUCAACGAAAUGGGAGUCUCGCUCGACAAGUCCAGAUACGAGACGAAAAUGAGACCGGUCCAGAAGUUCCGAGCCGGAGUGUUUGCCGUCAUGGCCGCGAUAAGGAUGAGUAAUUUGGAAGAACAGUGGAGAGAUGCCAGGAUCAUCGGAGAGGAGGUGAAAUUGACCCGUGCGAAACAGGCAAGGGCGCUGAGAUCGAGGGGAAGGGUGUUGGAAGUGUAAAGUGAGAAGGGAGAAGUGAUCCUCAAACGGUGUAGAAGUCGUGACUUUUGUCUGUCCGGGUCUUGUUGAUGGCGGUAUUGUUGUCUUGUUGUUUUGUGGUCUCGGGUUUCAAUUUCCAGGAAAGGGGAAAGGAAAUGGUGACUGACGACUUUAUGAACUUUCUUCUUAUUUCAUCAUCAAACUGCAACAGCAGCAUCGUAAUGGCAAUUCAAAA